CAGCUGGCCUUCCUGUGGAUGGAGCGCCAGAAGUCUGGGGGGAACUACAGCCGAUACCGGGCCCAGACGGAGAAGCAUGUGGUGCUGUGUGUCAGCUGCCUCAAGAUAGACCUCCUCAUGGACUUCCUCAACGAGUUCUUCGCUCACCCCAGACUGCAGGACUACUACGUGGUGAUCCUGUGCCCAGCAGAGAUGGAUGUCCAGGUGCGGAGGGUCCUCCACGUGCCCCUGUGGGCUCAGAGGGUCAUCUACCUGCAGGGCUCCGCUCUCAAGGACCAAGACCUCAUGAGGGCCAAGAUGGACGAUGCUGAGGCCUGUUUUAUCCUCAGUAACCGAUUCGAGGUGGACCGCUUCGCUGCUGAUCACCAGACCAUUCUAAGAGCCUGGGCGGUGAAAGACUUUGCCCCAAACUGCCCCCUGUAUGUCCAGAUCCUCAAACCUGAGAACAAGUUCCACGUCAAGUUUGCAGAUCAUGUGGUGUGUGAAGAGGAGUUUAAGUAUGCCAUGCUGGCCCUGAACUGUGUGUGUCCUGCUACCUCCACCCUCAUCACCCUGUUGAUCCACUCCUCUAGAGGACAAACAGCACCCCCAGAGGCCUUCAGGCAACRUGCAGGAGCCUUCCAGCCCCUCAACAGGGAGGGCGGSGCAUGCUCAGCUGACCAGUGGCAGCGCACCUACCGCCGCUGCUCAGCCAAUGAGGUGCAUCACAUUUGUCUGGAGGAGAGCAAGUUCUUUGGGGAGUACCAGGGGAAGAGUUUCACCUUCGCCUCCUUCCACGCACACAAGAAGUAUGGUGUGUGUCUGAUCGGAGUGCGGAGGCUGGAAAAUGCCAACAUCCUGCUGAACCCAGGUCCCGGCCACAUCAUGGGCGGCUCAGACACCUGCUUCUACAUCAACAUUUCCAAGGAGGAGAACUCAGCUUUYGUCAGGGGCCACAGAGAGCCCACGCGGGGGGGGCCCAAGGGCAGUGACAGGGGGGUGGGGCCCCAGACCAUCUACCAUGGACUCACCAGACUGCCUGUCCACAGCAUCAUCGCCAGCAUGGGCACGGUGGCCAUUGACCUGCAGGACUCCAGUGACAGCAGCCCAGAGGGCCAGGGCCCGGGGGGCAUGACCAUGGGCAGUGGGGGAGGAGAGGACGCACAGAGCAACGCCCCUGUCCUGGAGCUGGUGACGGGUCAACUCAGCAACCUUCACCCGCUGGGGACCAAUCACGAGGACAGGGCGGGACGAGGGGAAGGAUGA